AUGGCUAGAUAUCUUGCUGCACACCAAAAUCCUCAGGGCCCGGGAGAUUCCCGACCCACCGCAUUGCAAAUCAUCGAAGAUGAAGGACUUGCUGUUGACGGGCUAUUAGGAAAGACCGCACUUGUGACAGGAGCGAACAGAGGCAUCGGGCUUGAAACGGCGCGAGCUCUACAUGCUGCCGGCGCAACUGUCUACCUGGGUGUCAGAGACCUCGCAAGCGGUCGGGAGGCGAUUGAAGACAUCGCCGGAACUUCAACUCCAGACAGUGGAGCACAGCUUCAACUGCUUGAGAUAUCUCUUGACUCCCUCGCCUCUGUGUGCAACGCGGCGCAAGCUUUCCUCUCAAAUACCAUUAACAAGAUCAACAUACUUGUCCUCAACGCUGGAGUCAUGGCGUGUCCCAAGAGCAGCACUAUCGAUGGGUUCGAGACACAUUUCGAGACAAACCAUCUUGGUCAUUUUCUUCUGUUUCGUCUCCUACAGCCAGCGCUACUGGCCUCCUCCUCGCCUUCUUUCAACUCUCGCGUAGUCUCCGUCACUUCGUCUCUCCAUCGACUUGGCCCGAUCGACUUCAACGACUUCAACUACGACUACCUCCCCUACCAUCCGCUCCGAGCUUACGCGAGGUCCAAAACGGCUAAUAUUUACUUAGCUAACGAGAUUGAGCGUCGGUUUGGGGAUAAGGGGCUUCAUGCACUUUCUGUACAUCCUGGCAGUGUGUUGACCAUGAUUUCUCGAUACAUGAAGAAUGACCCGCUGAAGAUGCCGGAGGGAGAUUGGGAGGAGAUUCGGCAUUUGAAAAACGCGGCCCAGGGAGCUGCAACAUCUGUGCUGGCGGCGGUCGGUGCGGAAUGGGAAGGGAGGGGAGGGAGAUAUCUUGCUGAUUGUGUUGAACAAGGCCACGCGGUUGAUCCCUCUUCUCAGACUGACAUGGGAUAUGCUUCAUGGACCUUUGAUGAGGAAAAAGGAAACAGAUUGUGGGAGGAGUCCUGCAACAUAAGUGGCUUUGAGACUGGUGCUCAAGUUCCUUGCCAGAUGAAGUAG